ACGUCAGAGAGUAGCCAUGGCUCCAACCUCAAAUAUUUUCCACCUUCAUAAUAAUGAUUCAAAUGUAUAUAGUUUUCUUCAAAAAAAUAAUUUAGGAUGGUAUUUAUGCAAGGAACUGCAAGACUAUUCAAUGUGUUACGCCUAGAUGUAUUACGAAGCCACCCAAAAUGUAUGACUUUUCCAAAAUAUUUAUUUCGCUGCUUGAGUAAUAAAAGAGAAUUAAAAGUCUACAAUAUCGAUGUAAAAGAUUACAUUGCCAAGCUGCAAAGCGAGUAUUUGGAAUUACUGAAAGUCGAUAGUUACAUGUCGAAUCCACGAUGUAUUGAACUGCAACCAGUAAUAAAUAUAAUCACGAAGAGAGAUGAGCUUAUUACCAAUAUUGUUGAUCUAAAAGAAUUAGCUGCAUCGCCAGACAAAGAUUUAGCUGCAUUGGCCAAAGAAGAGGAAACUGAACUGGAAACUAAACUGUAUCACUUGGAGGAAACAUUAAUCGAUGCCUUACUGCCAGAGGAUCGCGAGGAUUCAUUUGAUACCAUUAUAUUGGAGGUGCAAGCAGGAGUAGGCGGUCAAGAAGCUAUGUUAUUCGCACAGGAAAUGUUCGAUAUGUAUUGCAGUUUUAUAUCUCUCAAAGGCUGGAAGUACGACAUUGUAGACUACAUGGGCACCGACCUCGGAGGAAUACGACGCGGCUCUAUUCUAGUAAAUGGAAGCAAAGCAUACAAGUUUUUCAAACAUGAGGGUGGAGUGCAUAGAGUGCAACGAAUCCCUUCUACCGAAAAGAGUAGCCGCAUUCACACUAGUACAGUGUCUGUAACUGCUUUACCUCAGCCUAAUGAAAUUGAUAUCCGGAUUGAUCCAAAAGACUUGAAGAUUGAAACGAAGAGAUCAACAGGAGCAGGAGGACAACAUGUAAAUACCACCGAUUCAGCAGUCAGAAUAGUUCAUUUACCAACCAACAUUAUGGUGGAAUGCCAAGUAGACCGAUCCCAAAUAAAAAAUCGAAAAUUGGCGUUGACCAAAUUACGAGCACUGUUAUACCAGCGAGAGUUGGAAGAACAACUAGCUCAACAGGAAUCGACGAAAAAGAGCCAAGUUAGUUCGAAUAAUCGAAACGAGAAAAUACGCACGUACAAUUUUAACCAAGAUAGAAUAACGGAUCACCGAUUGUCGGGGGUGCACUUUCACAAUAUCAAAAUGUUUAUGGAAACGGGUGCUGAUUUGGAAGAACUGAAUGAGCAGCUAGACCGGCAGGCCAGAAUAAGUAGUUUGCUUGAGAUCGUAAAUAAGUUUUUGAAAUGAGUUAUACUCAGAAAGUUACAUUUAUAGGAACAGACCGAUCCGCAGUGUUAUUCAAGCGAAUAGUUUUCCUGGUUAUUCUUGUAAAAAAUGGCUAACUUGAAUACAUUCACCCUUAUUACACUUACUGUAGUGAUAUUGUAUAUAAGACUUAAAUAAAACGUGCAAACCAUU